AUGGGCUCCUGGUGUAGUCGCUGUAACCAGGAGGCGUCGCUGCGGCACGUGCUGUGGGAUUGUAGCUGGUGGGCCCAAAACCAGCAAGAACCUGAAGACUUCCCAAGGCUCAGGAAGGAGUACCCUGACGCUAGUUUGUGGUUACGAGGCCUCCCUGCAGCACAGAACAAGCCACUGGGGUAUACCCAGGUGUUUCAGGAAACUGGCAUUUUCCAGCAGCGAGAGGUUGAAGGAGUUGACCUCCACUUUGCUACAGAUGGUAGCCCUGGGGGAUCCCAGGAGCCACGAUUCCAAGUGGUCACUUGGGGUGUGGUGGCUUUUCGAAUCCUGGGGUCCCAAAUCCAGGUUGUUGGCACUGCUACAGGACCUGCACAGGCGAUUGCAUACCUGGUGACUAAAGUCCAGGGCAACAUGGAAGUAACCUUGGACGCCAAAGGGGUCCGAGCUGAAAUGGAUCGGGUCUCCCUUACCUGGAUCAACAGCCAUCUCACUGAGGACGAGUACAGUGCCAAGUUUGGAGCUGACUCCCUCUGGAGGUGGCAAGCCAAUGCCGAGGUUGAUAGGCUGGUGCAAAACCGAGCCAAUGAAAGAAGGGAUUUGGCCUGGGAACAGGGCGUCCUCAUCAAGGAUGAGGUGGUCAUCAGAGUGAAUGCCCUGUUGGCGCAGAGAACGGCUGAGAUGUUUCAGUAUGAUCAGCAUGAGGGGCCCCAGGUUGUUUAUCCCGACUCCAACGAUGGCAACAAGCCUCCCCAGACCAAGCCUCGUAAGGGGCCCAAACAGACGAAGCUGAUUAAGGCCAAAAAGCAGGAUAAAAGAAAAACCCAGGAGGCUCCACCUGGUGAUGGCAAGCUGAACAAAAGGCGACAAAUGGAGGCCAUGCUUGAGGGUGCUAGCCCUGCAUUGGGGCACACUUGGGUGGUCGGGCACCAGUCCAUACACCAGCUCACGAUCAAGUGUAGCACCUGCGGGCUAUAUGUGGAACAAACAGAGCCGGUUACUACCUUCGAUAG